GUCGGCAGCAUUUUCCUCCCCAGUUGCACAUUUCCCAGCAGGGGUCUCAGCUUUAAUGGCCUCCUUUCCAUCCCGGUCCUCUUUUACUGGCUGCUUUUUGUUUUUAAUUGUCGCCAAAGGCUCCUCGCAUAAAAAGUGUAUGAACAAAAAGAGUGGUGGGCUUCAGGAUUUGCUCCACCAAACGAAGGAGGGAUCCUAUUGCAAAGCAGUGAAAGGUUUAGGGGGACCCUGCCUCACUAUUUAACCUGCCUGGGACCGUAAGAGCUGUGAGGACAGCUUCCUGACACCGGGGUCCAGAUGAUUUCCUCGUUUUGUUUAUUGGGGGCACUCAGUUGUCUAACAUGGCUUCCUGGCCUGCUGGAGGCCAAAUCCUUGUUGAGUGCCAUCCAGCAGGAAGGGAUGGUUCCUGUCGGUGACAUCAGUAUCGAUCCGGAGAGGGCCAACGACUUCCUGAGCCACUCCAGGCCCAAGAGGAACGUGGACCCCAAAUGGUACCGAGGCAACCCGGACUUCCAGGCCUACUACCGCUACUACAGCAGCAUCGGACACACCGAGGGGCUGUAUGAAAUCGACAAGCUGAGGAUGUUGUACCAGCAGAUGAGGCAGUUGGAGCACAUGUACGGCCCCAACGCCUCGUACUUCCAGAACAAGUUGGGGGUCCCUCAGGUCACGUGUGACCCAACCACAGACAAGAAGUGCAAGGUGGUGGUCCUUCCUCCUCCGCCCAUGAAGGGCGUCCCCAAGGCCACCGAGCUGCCCGUCACUUCGCCUCCUCCCCUUCUUCGCGCCCCCGCCAUCUCCCAGGCAGACGUGCUCUACCUGUGCAACAGUAAGGACCCCCUGUGCAAACCCCACAUCGUCUACCUGCCCGCCGGCGCCGUGCCCGUCCUCUGCGACCCCCGUUACCACCCCCACUGCACGCCUCAGAAGGUGCCGCCCGCCCCGGCCUCGCCGCCCCGGCCGCCGCCUCCGAAAAAGUUUGCGCCGCCACCCGUCCUGGUCAAAAAAUCUCCACCGCCGGCCCCCAUCCGCACAUUCAAGGGCAUGGAGUACGACUGCGACCCGUACUGGGACCCCGACUGCCUCGUCGACCACCCACCCAGACCCCUCAAGGGGGAAGUUAUGGGACCUCCUCCACCCCCACCCGAAGAAGAGAAGGAGCAACCUGUACAAGAGCCUGCACUUCCUCCUCCACCCAUCCAGAAGAAGGGCAUCCCCUUCCCCUACUACCACCCCCCCAUGCCCUACGACCCCCGCGAUGAGCUGUACGACCCGGCCCGCUUCCAGUAUCCUCAACCAGAAGCACCUGCAGACGAGCCCGAAGACGAAACCCAAUAGGGGAUCCACCUUUGAAACUAAACUAGCCUUUAGGGCAGUGAUUCCCAAUUGCAUUAUCAGAGGUGUUACACUUUAUUGAUCCCAAAAUUAUAAUUUAUUUACAACGAACAAUGUAUCUUUGUUCGUCUAUCUAUGCCACUGAUGUAUAGUGACAAUCAGAGCUAUUAAAUGCUCCUAUACCGGCUGGCAGAAGGUUCAAUAAACCUGUUGCAAUUCAUACAACACAAUAAUAGAUUUGUGUUCAAUGAAACGGGUCCAGAUUUCACACAAAGUCAUCACAUUUGAGUAAAAAGGAGAAAAGAUCAUUAUUGUUGCAGUAUCCUUUUUCUGAAUUCCUUUGGUUGGUGAUGUGCUGUAAGAUUUUUCUAAUAAUCUGUAAAGUAUGUGCCUUGGCUCAAUAAAGGUUGAGAAACA